AAGAGUAUAUUUCCAGAUAUUAAAAUGGCAUUAAAAACUAGCAUUACUGCAUAUUUAUGAAAUUCCUGGUGAUAAUAUCACAGUUCAUUGAAAUAGAGAAUUUUGUGCUGUGGCCCUGCACUGUGUUUUGCGUUUUUCAUUACUGUAAAGUGUCACUGCCAAAGAAAAAAAUAAUUUCUUAUUAAAUAACUGUAAUGCAAUAAUUGCUUUAGUUUGGUCCGUGCUCAGAGAUGUUUUAAUAGUUUACUGUUUGUUCUUCCUUAUUGUAGCGCAAUAUGCCAAAGAAAAAAAGAGCAAAGGAAAGGGUGGCUUCCUCAAGAGAGCAUGGAAGGCAGUGAAGCGUCCCAUCCGUCGCAGCAGUCAUGAGACCAAAGUGGAGGCUAUGGUGCCGGACACGCCUGUCCCACGUGCAUCCGGCCUCCUGAAAAAAGCUGAGAGAAGAGAUCAGCUCUCAACAGUCUUCUGUCAGUGGUCUCUGCCAGCCACGGACCGCAGCUUCCCCCCCAAAGAGGCCAGAUGUGAUACUGAUCUGGAUGUAGGCUGCAUUACUGACUGGUCUGUCUGCAACAACAUCCAGCAGAACUCUGAGCUGCCAUCUCAUGCUUCAGCAGAGGAUGUGGAAAACAAGCCACAAGAACAACAUGGCAAAGAGAAGAAAGGAAUCUUCAAGAGGACAUGGAAGGCUGUAAAGCAUCCCUUCCGUCGUUGUGAGAGCAGAGUGGAGCCUAUUGUGCUGGACACGCCCGUCCCGUGUGCUUCCGACCUCCAGCAAACAGCUGACAGAGAACAGAUCAGUUCUGAGCGGCCUUCUGUCAGUGUUUCCUCUGCGACCGUCAAGAACCAACCACAAGGACAACGUGUGAAAGAGACGCUCAAAAGAACGCCGUUGUUGUCUGUUCCCCCAAUGUUUCAGCCUUCUGAUGGUGAGUCUGUCUGUCUGUCUGUUUAUCAUCACCUGAGGUUAUGUUUGUGGUUAGUUUCAUUGGGGUAAAAUUACAAAUAAUGUCUCGACAAUCACAUGAAUUGGCAACAUCAUAUACAGUAUUUCUACAUUCUUUGUGUCUGUGUGUUUUUCAGAAAUGUUUUACUCUCUACAAAAAGGAGUAUGUUAUAUUACAUAUACAUUUUUAUGGUAUACCCUUUAGUUAUUUUUAAAGUGAUUGUGUUGUGGUGGUACAAGUAUUACCAUGCUUUAGUUACAAUAUAUACACUAAAAUAUGCAGGCACUACAGCUAGGGCUGUGCGAUUUGGGGAAAAUAUCUAAUUGCGAUUUUUUUUGACAGACAUUGCGAUUUUAACUUUUCUAAUUCAAGCUUCAGCUCAAUAUUGUUGUGUGGAGCACAGUAUGGGUAUAGUUACCCUGCUGAAAGAAAACAAAACAAAAAAACAUUACAGAAAUUGUUUCCAUUAAAACCAUAACAAAAUUCAUUUUUGUAGUGUGUUUUGGGCAUUAUUCAGGGCUUACUGUGGCUAAUGUGAAGUGCGCUAUGGUCCUUACCGUGCAACGGGCAUAUUUCGUACUUUAUGAGCUUUUCCCAGACUUUGUUGUAGUAACAAGUUUUAAUUUGCAGAAUUUUGAAUCGCUGACUGAAUCAACUGUACAAACCAUCACGUUCAGUGCUCUCUUCAUGAUCUAAAGUGAUGAUGUGCAUUGUUCUGUCUAUGAGGCUGAUUUGAGCCAUUUCUCUCCUGCUUUCAGUGUUCAAUUCAAUUCAGUUUUAUUUAUAUAGCGCUUUUCACAAUGUUUCAUUGUUUCAUUUACAGGAAGAAAGACAA